AAAAAUCGACGCCGUAGGAAUCGAUUCCCGGCGGUCACGUGACCCCUCUCUCUAUCUCUCUCUCGUCAGCCCCUUCCCAGUUUUGUGAGGCGAUUUGAGAUUCCCGCCACCGCCGCCCCAGCCACGCAGCCUCGGGACUCGCGGGAGGAUGGAGGAGGAGGACGCCGACCUGGCGGUCGACGAGGAGCUCGGGGCGCUGCUCGUGUUCUCGCCUGACGUGGAGCGCGCGAUCGAGCAGGUGUUCCCUAGCCAGGAUCCCCUGGACCAGCGCGACUUCAACGUGGUGGACUACAUCAACAGCUUGUUCCCCACAGAGCAGUCCCUCGCUAACAUUGACGAAGUUGUCAGCAAAAUCCGGCUGAAGAUUCGGAGGCUGGAUGAGGAGAUCCGUGUUGUCGUUCGCGGUCAAACCAACGUGGGGCAAGACGGACGGCAGGCGCUGGAGGAGGCACAGAGAGCCAUCCAGCAGCUGUUUGGCAAAAUCAAGGAGAUUAAAGAGAAAGCGGAACGCUCAGAGGAGAUGGUGAAAGAGAUCACACGUGAUAUUAAACAGCUGGACCACGCCAAGCGUCACCUCACGACCUCCAUCACCACUCUGAAUCACCUCCACAUGCUGGUGGGAGGCGUGGACUCGCUGGAGGCGCUGACUUGCAGGAGACAGUAUGGCGACGUCCGUAACUUGCUGCACGGCGUUCUCAACGUCCUGGACCACUUCCACAAGUACACCGCCGUGCCCCAGAUCCGGCAGCUGGACGAGCGGGUGCGGGCUGUGCAGUCGGAGCUGGGAACCCAGAUCCUGAACGACUUUGAAGAAGCAUUCCCCUCUCAUGGUGGAAAGCGCCCAGCUGGUCCCAGUUUGGUGCUCCGUGAUGCGUGCCUGGUGGCGGACAUUCUGGACUCGCGCGUCCGCUCCGACAUCAUCCGCAAGUUCAUCACACAGCACCUCUCUGAGUAUCUCCUCCUGUUCCAGGAGAACCAGGACGUGGCGUGGCUGGACAAGAUUGACCGCCGCUAUGCGUGGGCUAAGCGUCAGCUGCUGGAGUAUGAGGAGAAGUACGGACGGCUCUUCCCUCUCCACUGGGCCAUGCCCGAGCGCAUUGCCCUGCAGUUCUGUAGCAUCACACGGAGUGAGUUGGCACGCUUGAUGCGGGCGCGCUCCGGGGAUCUGGAGGUGAAGCUGCUGCUGUUUGCCAUCCGGCGCACGGCGGCGUUUGAGGCGUUGCUGGCUCAGCGAUUCAGCGGGAGCACGCUGGUGACAGGUCCACAGACACCCAAGCUGCCGUCUGCGGUGUCUGGGGAGAAUUCCUUCGCUGGGGCUGAGGAGGCGGAGGCUGAGGAUGCUGAGGCUGAGGAGGCGGAGGCCCACGGUGAAUCCGGCUCUCAGCGGGAGACGGAGCUCGACAAGCCUCGCAAGGCGCUGGUGGCUGAGAGCCCCUUCCACGGAAUCAUCUGCAAGUGCUUCGAGCCGCACCUCAACGUGUACAUCGAGUCGCAGGACAGGAACCUGACCCAGCUGAUCCAGCGCUUUGCCCAGGAAGCUCGGCCACCACCAGCGCCACAACCACCGCCACCACCGGCACCACAACCGGGCGGCGGUGCCGGUGGCACCGGUGCCGGUGGUGGUGGUGCCGCUGGUGGAGCGGUGCUGCCAAGCUGUGCCGACCUCUUUGUGUACUACAAGCGGUGCCUUGUGCAGUGUUCCCAGCUGAGCCGUGGCGAGGCCUUGCUGGGGCUGGCCGCCGUAUUCCAGAAGCACCUGCAGGAAUAUGCCACACGCGUCCUCCAACACAUCCUGCCUAAGACUCCCAGUGGCAGUGUGGGUCUCACCAUCUCGAGCCUGCUCAAGGACAGAGAUGCGACUGACACAACACGUUUCACUGCUGAUGAGCUGGGCCUCAUCUGUACCGUGCUGAGCACCGCCGAGUAUUGCCUUGCCACCACACAGCAGUUGGAGGAAAAGCUGAAGGAGAAAGUUGAGCCCAGCCUAGCGGACAAAAUUAACCUCGUGGCUGAGACAGACUCCUUCAGCGCGGUGAUCUCACAUUGUAUUCAGCUUCUCGUCCAGGACUUGGACUCAGCCUGUGACCCGGCACUCACAGCCAUGAGCAAGAUGCCCUGGCAGAAUGUUGAGCACGUGGGCGAUCAGAGUGCCUACGUCACUUCCGUUGUGGGUCACGUGAAGAGUAACGUGCCUGUGGUCCGCCAUUGUCUGGCGUGCACUCGUAAAUACUUCACUCAGUUCUGUCUCAAGUUCGCAAGCGCCUUCAUUCCCAAGUUCAUCAAUCAGCUGUUCAAGUGCAAGCCCGUCAGCAUGGUGGGAGCUGAGCAGCUCCUACUAGACACUCACUCUCUGAAGACGGCGUUGCUGGAGCUGCCCUCUGUGGGUGCCGCUGUGGUGAGGAAAGCUCCAGCAGCUUACACCAAGGUGGUGGUCAAGGGCAUGACCAGGGCAGAGAUGAUACUCAAGCUGGUGAUGUCUCCACAUGAACCACCACAGGUGUUUGUUGACAACUUUAUGAAGCUGCUGAGUGACAGCGGCGCUCCGGACACGUUCCAGAGGGUGUUGGACAUGAAGGGCCUGAAACGGAGUGAGCAGAGCUCCAUGCUGGAACUGCUCCGCCACCGGCACCACCACCAGCCCGGUGGUGCCGGUGGUGCCGGUGGUGGCGGUGGUGGUGGCGGUGGUGGUGUGGUGCCUCUCAUCCCCCGCGGGGGGGGGGGUGCUGGUGGGGGGGGGCCCCCCCCCCCUCACUCGGGGGCCCCCCUGGGGCUGUCGGCGGGGACGAGUCCUGAACAGGAGAACUCGCGCAUCCGGCGGCUCGAGAAGCUGAUCAAGAAACGGCUCUGAGGAGUGAGAGAGAGACACAGAGAGAGAGAGAGACAGAGACACAGAGAGAGAGAGAGACAGAGACACAGAGAGAGAGAGACACACACAGACACACUCACACACACAGAGACACACACACAGAGAGACGAGCCCUGAACAGGAGAACUCACGCAUCCGGCGGCUCGAGAAGCUGAUCAAGAAGCGGCUCUGAGGAGUGAGCUGUAGUGGGGGACACAGAGAGAGACACAGAGAGAGAGA